ACUCCGACCAGGCUGUUGGGCACGCGAAACCUCUGCUUUGCAGAGCGUUCAGGUCGAGCGCUGUAGAAGAGGGUUUUUAUCUCCUGUGCAGCUCACAACAAGGACACUUCUGCAUACUAGUUGAAAACACAAGUGCACCUCAAGAAUCUCGAUCGGACUUGUCUGGUUCGCUGCAAUUGCGAAAGGAAUUAGAACACAACGCAGCGCCGCACAAGCAUCGUCGUGAUCCCAUGCUUAACAAAUGACUCAAAACGCCUUAGUAUAGCAGUCGAUGUGCACUAGACAUGGUUGACUUGUGUCCGGCCCCCUUCCGUCUCAUACUCUCGACCAACAUGCGACUACGGCUCAUCCGUAGGGUCACGGCAUCGCGGAUAGGAGGUUCCGUGAUCUCCGGUGUCCACACCUAUACCACGAAGCUCCCUGUACAGGUUGAUUUGCUCGAACGCUACCGGGGUCUUGUCGCCCUAGGUCGAAUCAAAGAAGACGAGGAACAGAUUCGAGUCAUCAUGCAGCUAAGGAGACUGCACAGAGAACUAGAUGGUUAUGCUCCUCCCGCACUACAGUCCAGGUACCUGAAUCAAACGCACUCUGUCAUUCCUGGAUCAGCGCAGCCAUCGUCAGGCGAGCCUUUGACUCCUUGGUGGGCAGCUAGCGAUCCUCUCUCGGACAAAUCCGCGUCAGCACGAGGUCUCGUCCGCAUCCGAACACACGCAGAAGAGAUCGAAGCACUGACUACUCCCAAGGGCCUCACGAUCACCGGCCCGCCCGGUUCUGGCAAGAGUUUUCUCAUCGACCUCUGGUUCUCUACUCUUCCUACUCCGUACAAGACACGCAAGCAUUACAACGAGCUCGUGCUCGAGAUAUACCGGGCCGUCUGGGAGGAGACUCGUCGGCGGAUGGCGGCUAUCCACCCGAAUCCUGAGAGCCCUGCAGCAGCCGAGGAGCCGUCUCGCCCAUGGAACAAGCUCAUGCGCGAGCGUUGGCGGCAGCUCCUCAAAUCCGGCUCGCUGCCCGUUCGCUGGACCCGGAAAUCGAACAUGAGCUUCUCGCUCUCCCGCACGCCGCUCGAGCCGAGCAUCGCUUACGUGGUAGCUCAGCGGCUCAUCCUGCGGCACUGGCUUCUAGUCUUUGACGAGAUCCAGCUUCUCGAUGUCUCCAGCGCCACGCUGCUCGCGGACGUGCUCUCCUGGUUCUGGCGCAUGGGCGGCAUCAUCGUCGGCAGUUCCAACAAGGUUCCUGACGAUUUGUACAAGAACGGUGUCCAGCGCGAACGACUCGAGCCGUUCGUGGAAGCGCUGAAAGCGCGAUGCCCUGUGGUGUCAAUGCGCUCAGACCGCGACUGGCGGGCCGUGAGAGGCAAUGAGGGCAAGAACACCUGGUACACCUUCGACCAGCAGCGCGAAUUCGAAGCAGAGAUCGCAGAAGUCACCGGAAACGAUAGCCAGACUGGACUCGAAGAAGCAUCCUCUGCCGAGAUUGUCGUAUUCGGACGCGGUAUCCGCGUGCCGUGGUCGGCGAACGGCGUGUGUCAGUUCAAGUUCUCUCAGCUCUGCGACGAGUCUCUUGGACCUGCCGAUUACAUUACGCUUGCGGCCAAAUUCCACACAUUUGUCAUCACGUCGAUCCCAGUCCUAAAGCUUUCGGCGAAGAACCAAGCCCGGCGAUUUAUAUCUCUCAUCGACGCCUUCUAUGAGGCCCGCUGUCGGAUAAUCUGCCUUGCGGAAGCAUCUCCCGCACAGCUCUUCUUCCCGGAUGCUCCAUCUAGUGAGGGGGGAAAGGACCUCCGCUCUUAUGAGGACGUAGACGUGAUGAUGGCAGAGGCUGUCGGUGAGACACAAGACGUCUAUCGGCCAAACGUCUCUUCCUACGACGCGCCGAACAUGGCUCGCGAAAGCACCCCAGCGAAGACGCUUGCACUAGACACGCUUUCCAUCUUCUCCGGAAAGGACGAGCAGUUCGCUUUCAAACGCGCCCUCUCGCGCCUCCUGGAGAUGACGAGCGAAAGCUACGCCAAGGAUGAACAAUGGACCCCACUUCCGCCCGACUCUCGCAAAUGGGAGACCUCCGAUUCCGUGCGCCCCUCGCAACCGUCAAUAACAACCUCACCCUCUUCACAGCCAGCCCGCGCCCAAUUCAACGCCCCCUCUUCUCCGGACCUUGCAGACUUCGCUGAGGAAGCCGCCCUUUCCUCGCCCACUCCCGCCUCGCCCUUCCCUGCGGAGCGGCCUCCAGCACCCCGUCUGAGCGCAGACCACAUAUGGGGCGUCCGCGAAGACUGGGGCAAACGGGCGGGUGAUUGGGGCCGUGGUGCGGCCCUGCAUGGCCCCCCACCGGCUCCUUCGCCACCAGGGCCGGCGCAUAGAGAUGCCUUCGCUGAGGAGCCUGAAAGGAGUCAAGGCGGCGGCGAUAAGACGAGUCGGAGGGGACAGCGCUAACGAUGGAGUCGGGCGUCACGAGGUCUGAAGGCGCGCUGCGGUGUCGGCGCAAAGAACACGUCUCAGCCCCUCGCGGCUUUCAAGCGGCGCACACGACGUGCGUUCUACCACUUAUCAUCACUUUGCAGUCAACGCCUUCGCGAAGCUUCGCGCGCCUGUGUACAAGAGCGUCUGGGGCAGUGCAAACAAUGCCAUUAUGGGCCAUUGUCGAUGGAACCGCGGGCGGCCCGACGAAGCGGCGAUUCGUCCUCAAUACAAACUCGGGCCCAAGUUCCCCCUGCUAUACGCAUUCGUCAUACGCAUCACCUCUAUCCCACGAGAGAACCCAAAAGAGGUCACCAGACGAUCCCCUGGGCUGUGCACACUGCGCUGAGAGCCACGGGCGGCGGAGGCUGCUUUCGUGCUCCGUGAAGGUGUGACCAGACGUACCUCAAGGGGGGAGGGAAGCGAGGGGAUCCGGGCUGCGUGGCCUCGUGUUCUCUCACCCAAUCACGACACGUAACCCACACCUCACUGUGCGUCGUAAUAGUUAGCAUCAGUG